UGGCGGCCUCCACAUGAAAACAAGCACCUGCUCUCCGUGGUCGCUUAGUUUAGUUGGCAUUAUUGCUAAUCAAAAACACAACAGCAGAUUGUGAUAUCAUUUUCUCUUGAGCGGAAGGUUGAGAGCGAGUAAGAAGACACAAUGGCAGAGGUUUUAGAGGCAGGGCUUGUUUUGUCAGACUCUAAUUUUAGAGCUAGACCGAACUUUAGAACAUAUUUGUCUUCAGAUGCCAGUUUAGGUGGCAAUGCUGUCAGGCAAAUUGAAGAAAAAAGACGAGUCCGACAAAUGAAAUUUCCAAGCCUCAGGGGUAAGCGUGAUUACGAUUCCUUCCAGGAGAGCACAAAAGAAAAUGGAGCAUUUAAAAAAUGGAAUGAUGACGGUGACUUUCGAGCACCUGCUCCUUACAGAAGCUGUGACAACAUCUUGGACCCUGUGUCUGGCUUUGUGAGUGUAGGAGGUGAUGUUGAUAGGAAUACUGGACACACUCAAAUACGAUCACUUGUUCAGCUCAACGACACACCAAAUUCAGGUACACCAAAAGGGAAGAAUUCUGAUCGAGUCAGUGAGCCAGCAGCCCCUCCCGAGCUUCGGAGAUCUCAUACAUAUGCACCCGGUGCCCCCACACCGUGGAACAGUAGAAAAAUAUCUGAUGCUUGGAUACGAGCUCAGCUUGGAGGAUGGACUAGUGAUUAUGACCCCAGGAAAACACCCCCAGAGGAACUUCGGUCAAAGUCGAUGUUUGUAGCCAAGCCUCCAUCAGAACUCAGUAAAGGGGGCAGAGACCACCUGGCUCUUAGGUACAUGUAUGGAUCUUCCACUCAGAGAGGCUAUGAGGAGCUGCCGUGGGACUCCAUGCUGGCCCCCAAGAUGUGGCAACCUGUCUCCGCCAUGGAGCACAAACCAGACAUGAUCUCACAGCGAUGGAGCUUGAAGAAAUACGAUCCUGCUGCUCAAGAGUGGCAGGCAACUGGUCGAGGCUGGGACAUGUUCCAGAUGAGGAGAGGAUAUUACAAGGAGGAACCAUAUGUCUUCUGCAGUGCAAACCCCCGAGCUGACCAGAUUCCAUCUUAUGGAGGCUGUGUUGGUGCCAAGAACCUGGAGGAGAUAGACAAUGCAAGAGAACCUUUCCAGCCCUUCACUGUGAAGAGAGUUACCAUUCCUCGGCCUGUAGAAACUGGACACCGACCAAACAUUCCCGGCUACAAGGGCUGCACGUUGUACCAGGGAACAUACAGCCCCGCCCACUCCAGACAAGUAGCAAGUGCCUUGCCCACCACUACUGAUAUACACAAGUCUAAGCCAGUGUCCCCGAAUAAAUCUGAGUUCAAGCGAAACUCCCAUAUGUCGAAGAUGGUGACGACUGUCCCGCCCUGUAACCCUUUCAACAAUGUGGAGACGGAGAUGGUGACUGUCAGUUAAAGGGUUAACCAUGGGACCAACAUCUGACACAAUCAUGACCUAACUAUAUUUAACCAGUUCACUUGUAUCUCAGGUAUCAGUCCUCUGAGCGUGUUGCUAUGACGACUGAGUGUAAAUCCAACAGUCUGAGAUCCCAAUCCCACUAAAAUCAGCUAUAAUCAAGAUGAGACUACACUCAGUAGAGCAAUUCAACUUAUUUCAGACAGAUUUACUUAUGCCUACUGUAGAAGAAUUACAACUGAAAAUGCCACAUUUUGUUUUUUGACUCAAUAGGGUUAAACAUUAGGAGACGGGGUUGUUGGGUCACUGAAGACAAGCUGAUGCAGGUGCCCUGCAAUAGGACGGUUUUAAUCUAUGUGGGACUAACCAACUCAAUACACUUUUUCCUUACUAAGAGAAUCUUCUGUGAGUUCAGUUCCGGAUUUGGUCAGAUUAUGAUCCUUGGCCCCACAGUCAUGGGGGCGGUGGGGUAGCCUUGUGGUUAAAGCGUUCGCUUAUAACGCCGAAGACCCGGGUUCGAUUUCCCACAUGGGUACAAUGUGUGGAGCCAAUUUCUGGUGUCCACUGCCGUUAUAUUGCUGGAAUAGUACUAAAAGCGGCGUAAUACCUAACUCACUCACUCACUCACUCACCUUCAGUCAUGUCCCUUGGGCAUGCCAGAAAUAAAUUUUGGGUUCGAAUUCCGUUUACCCCUAAUUUUUUUACUAGGUUUGCCAGCACCAUUCCCUUGCUUGUAGGUGUCCCGGAUGUGAGAACAGGGCUCCAGAUAAUUUUUCAACAUCAGGAGUACGUACUCCAUAUUUUUUCACUACAGGAGUACUGGAAAACCUUAAGAGUACAUUUAGAGUACUGAGUGGAAUUUAAU